AUGUUGAGGGUUUGGUCCCUGCCCCAACGCCCGCCGCAGCUUCAUUGCUUGAAGCGCAUACACAGCUCAGCAGUAAAAAACGCGUCUGCUGCGACAGAAUCCUCAUCUUCCACCGCUUCCGAACCCGCUGCCAAAUGGACACCUAACUCAAUCCGAACUGGCCUCAUCGCCCGAAAACGCGGUAUGGCAGCGCUGUGGAACGAUCAAGGAGUACGAGAGCCUGUAACUGUGCUACAGGUGACCGCAAAUGUGCGAACUGUGCGACGGAAUCACACCGAAUACCACGCCGUCCAAGUUGCUGCCACCGACAAGCCCCACAAGACGACUACGAACCAGAUGCUAGGUCAUUUCCGGAAGGCCGGGGUCCCCCCAAAGCAAAUAGUGAAAGAGUUCCCUGUGACGCCUGAUGCUCAUGUUCCAGUCGGCACCACUCUAUCUGCUGUCCACUUUGUACCCGGUCAAUUCGUUGAUGUCGUAGCCAACUCUCUCGGGAAGGGUUUCCAGGGUGGGAUGAAACGUUGGGGCUUCAAGGGAUUGCGAGCUAGUCAUGGUGUUUCCAUCUCACAUCGUUCUUCUGGGUCCACAGGUGCUCACCAGGAUCCUGGACGCGUCUGGCCUGGUAAGAAAAUGGCCGGUCGUAUGGGUGGUGGCCGGAUAACGACACAAAACCUCCCUGUGCUGCGUAUCGACACGAACCUCAACCUAAUCUUCGUGCGAGGGGCCGUCCCUGGGGCAGACAACGCUCAUGUCCUCGUGCGGGAUGCUAAGAAGAAAGUGGUAGCAUUGGCCAGCCAUAAUCAAGCCAAAGGAUUGUAUGAGAAAGUCCUGCCUACCGGCGUAGACGACCUUCCCUUCCCUGCCGGCACCGUCGAAAUGGCGAAGUCGCUACCUACCAUCAUCGAGGCUCCAGCAUACAGACGUAGCCCAUUUAUCCCCCAAGAGUAG